AUGAUUUGGAGACAGGUCCUCCUCCUGUCCUGCCUCUCAGCCGUGGUGCUCCUGUCAAUGCUGCCGGAGGGGACCGGUGCAUCGGUGGGCACCAGGCAGACAGCAGGAGCAGAGGACCAGGAAGGUGUGAAACAGGAGAUUUUCAUGCAAGAAUCAGAUGCCUCAAAUUUCCUCAAGAAGCGCAGCCAGCGGUCCCCCAAAUCCCGAGAUGAGGUCAACGCGGAAAACAGGCAGAAGCUGGGGGCAGAUGCUCUGCGGAGAGAUUAUUAUGAGAGACAAAGGAACAAGUUUGAGAACUUUGUGGAGGAACAAAAUGAUGAACAGGAAGAGAGGAGCCGCGAGGCUGUGGAGCAGUGGCGCCAGUGGCAUUAUGAUGGCCUGUACCCACCCUAUCUGUACAACCGCCACCACACCUGA